AUGCUUCGCCGAGGCCUUAGGGCCUCGGAAAGGCGAAGACACCUGAGUGACAGCCUCCGCUGGCAUCAGGACCAGGCGCUGAGCAGCAGCAUCUACCUCCUACGGGAGAUGGGCCCCACCGGCUUCCUGCUGAGGGAGGAGGAGCCAGAGCAACGGGAUUUCCGAGUGCUUCUAGGAAAUCCUCACGCUUGUAACUGUUCCACAUUUUUGAAAGGAAGGGAACUUUGUAAGCAUAUAUGCUGGGUCUUGUUGAAAAAAUUCAAGCUUCCAAGGAAUCAUGAAUCUGCUUUUCAGUUAGGUCUUUUGGAAGGAGAAAUAAAUGACUUGUUACGGGGAAUACAUGGAGUUCGAACUCCACAACCAGAAACAAGUGAUGAAAAUGUGGAAGAAGAUGGGUCCAUUGCACAGAGGGAGAUUGGCUCAGAGGAUGUCUGCUCCAUUUGUCAAGAGAUGCUUUUAGAGAAAAUGCUCCCUGUCACCUUUUGCAGAUUUGGCUGUGGCAAUAGUGUUCAUAUAAAAUGCAUGAUGAUCUUAGCUAACUAUCAAGAUACAAUAUCCAAAACUUCCAUGUUGAAGUGUCCUCUGUGCAGGAAGGAGUUUGCACCACUAAAAGUUAUUUUGGAAGAAUUCAAAAAUUCUAGCAAACUUGUGACUCCAGCUGAGAAAGAACGACUGAACAAACACCUUGGAAUUCCCUGUAAUAACUGUAAACAAUUUCCAAUUGAGGGAAUGUGCUAUAAGUGCACUGAAUGUGUAGAAUAUCACUUAUGCCACGAAUGCUUCAACAGCUGCUGCCAUCUCUCUCACACAUUUACAUUUCGUGAGAAGAGAAACCAAAGAUGGAGAUCACUAGAAGAAAGCUCAGAUGGAGUAAAAUAUCUAGAAGAUAAAAACAAGAUAAAAGAAAAGAUGCCUUGUUUUCAGGAAAAGCAAGGCCAGGUUCGCACACCAACACAUGUUAUAAAGUCAUUGCCUUUCUCACUGAUCACAAAGAAGAGUAAACUGCUUGCUCCAGGGUUCCAGUGUCGGCUUUGUUUGAAGUCAUUUCGUCCUGGUCAAUACGUGAGACGGCUCCCAUGUUCUCACAAGUUUCAUAGGAAAUGUAUUAACAAUUGGUUAUUCCACAAAUGCAAUUCGUGUCCUAUUGAUGGACAAGCUGUAUAUAACCCUUUAAUCUGGAAAGGCAUGGCAACAAGUGGACAAACACAUCAGUAUUCCUCCAAAAUAGACAUCACUCACCUGUCAAAGCAAGAAGAAAUAAAACUUUUUAUUCCUGGUACUGGAUUAGUCUUAAAGCAAAAUAGACUUGGAAUUCUACCUACCAUACCACAAUGUAAUUCAAAAAAUUCAAAUACACCACAAACUCCAACAGAUACCUAUCAGAAUGUAACAAUAGAUGAUCUGUGCUCUGUCAAAUUAGAUGAUUCAAAUUCAAGAAAAUUAAUCUAUGAAUACAAAGUUAGUCAACAUUUCCCCAGGUAUCUUCAAGAUUUACCCAUUGGAUCAUUUGGGAAAACAGCAUCUCAAACAUUUCUUCCUUCCAUUGCUCCUAAGAAUAUUAUCUGUCCCAGUGGAAUGGACAGCCUUUCUAUCAGUGAAAAAACCCACACUGGUCAAAGUCAAAAGAUGACCAAAGGCUGUAAACACAUUAACCACAAUCCAAAGAAGAUUCUUGAUACUAAAAAGCGAGAAGACAACAGGAAAUCAAAUACCUUAUUUCUAGAGGAUUUAAAUCUUACUGUCAAUGGGGGUACAACUAAACUUAGUUUGCCUAAAAGGCAUAUUAAUUGCAUGGGGAAAAUCAGACCAAAAUGUGUUCAUCCUUCAAGACCAACUGUGUGUCACUCCCUACAAAUGAAAAAUACUGUGCUAUCUUUAAUAAUGGAAGGAGUUCCAUUAUGA